AUGACCUCCAUCCCCAUCCUCCGAACUUGCUUCGUUUCGGCUUGCGCCUACACUCUUUUAUACCAACGCGACAGCCGCCUGCUGAACGCUCACAAGGCCGUCGUCGUCGCCAGAAGAACGACUCGCUACACCGCUCCCCGCCACCGCCUUCUUCGACGCCGCAGAGCUGCUUGGUCGGCCUUUGAUCCUGAAUUCUCCUCCUUGCGCAAGCCGUCACAACAACACUCGUUUAUCGCCCCCGACCCCCUUAUCAUUGAAAACAAACAACCACCACCACCACCACCAGCACAGAAGACCGAACCACCCCGCCCAAGAACACCCGUCACGCCAAAGAACCAACAGCACCCUUACUACAUGGAUCAGAUGAUUUCACCUAGAAGAAGCCUGGACGAUACAAUGGCAGGACAAGGAACACCAAACAAUCUACGGCGGCACGUCGCCAAUCGAGGAAUUGGAAGCCGAGGAAGCAGUCAAGAUGACACACGACCUCGAACAAUCCCCGAUGAUCUUCUCAGCUCGCCCAGUUCCCCCUUUGGUGGGUUCAGCGAGGGUCGCUCCUCACGAUCCACCUCCUCAGCCUCCAGAACCACCAACAGAUUAUCCCUGACCCUACCCAUCGCACCACCAAGUGCCUUCCCCUCCCGACCCGUCCCAGCAUCCACCACCGCAGCGACCUUUCCCCCAACACCAUUAGACACCCCCUCCUCCAUCAUGUCUCCGGUGGAGGGAAUCGACUUCAUCACCGCGAUAGCAGCGCAGGAGAGGCGAGUAAUGGAGCUGAGGGAAGAGCUGGACCGUGCCGAGGCCGAGCUGGCGAGGUUAAAAGAGGAGUUUACUCUACACGAGGGAUACAAGAAGAGACCAGCUAACAGGCGAAACCACGAAGCGUUGCGAUCGUUAAACUCGCCGGCGGAUUGUCACGACGAGGUUGCCAUCCGGAGGAGCAUUGAGCUGGACAGGAGGAAGACGUUGCUGGGGCAGCAGCACCAACAACAGCAACCUACACCGGAAAAGAGCCGGCGACGGGUAUUCACUGGUGGUCACGCGAGGAAACUCUCGCUGCUAUCACCGACAAAACCGGGCGAGGGCUUCUCCAUACAUGAAGACGGGCCGAACCAUCUGAAACUGGACUACGAUCCACAUGGUGUUCAUAACUAUGCUCCUGUUACUCCGAGCUACCUCGCCAAACGCGCCUCCUGGGCACCGAGGACUACACCCCAGCCUACAAGCGUUAAGCAGAUUGCCCAGGACCUCAAAUCAGGUAUCUGGACCUUCAUGGAAGACAUCCGCCAAGCGACGGUAGGCGACGAACCCAUCACCGGACAGGGCGUCUACCUCCGCGACAACACGGGCAACAUGCGCCAGACGAAAGUGGAGAGGAUGCUCCUUUUUGACAGCAGCGAUCAGCAAGACACCAUCCGGCCCGCACCCAAUCCUCGACCAAAGGUUUCGUCGGCGUUUGAUGAUUUGGCGACAAUGAACCCUAUCCCUACUACUGCCCAGGAAGAGGAGUUUAAACCACCACCACUCCCCCUCAGGAGAUCAAAGACGGAAGCGGCAAAACCAACAAAGAGGUUCUCGUGGACGCCGCUGACGGCCGACUCGGUGGAUGAUAAUGACUGGUCGAAUUGGAAUAGCAGCCCGCCGACGGGUGGUGGUGUGUCGAGUCCGCGGUGGAGCGGGACGACGGUGAAUGGGGAUAUUAUGCCUAGUGAUCCGACCUCGCCGAAGAGGGGAGGGGAGGAGGAAGAGGAGGAGGAAGAGACGCCAUUACUGAACAGCGGCGGCAACAACAAGAGGAACGGCUCAUCCCCCAACGGCACCGGGAAAUUGGAGGAGUUGCUCCCGCCUGUACUCAACAAGCUCACCCCGUCCAAUAUCAAGAAGAUGGGGAGUGAGUUUAUGAAGGAAUGGGAACGGAGUUUGAGCCCGCCCGAGCAGCAGCGGCAGCAGGGGGGAAAGGAGAAGGGGAUUUAG